AUGGAUGACUCCCCCUCCCACCCCCUUAUCCUCCUCCUCCACGGCUUCCCCGAACUCUCCUUCUCCUAUCGCCACAUCCUCCCUUCCCUCUCCUCCCUCGGCCACCACGUCGUCGCCCCCGAUCAACGCGGCGCAGGCCGCACCACCGGCCACGACACCCGUUCUUUCUCCGCUGUCGAUCUCCACACUACUACUAUCUCUCGUCUCGUCACUGAUAUGGUGUUGUUAGUCCACGCGCUGGGCCAUAAAGAUGUAGCGUGUGUAAUAGGACAUGAUUUUGGGGCGGUGAUCGCGGGCUGGUGUGGAGUUAUGAGACCAGAUUUAUUUAAAUCCUCCCCACCCCCUUCAAACACUACGGAACCUACUUCUCCACCCCGCAAGCCUCCACCGACCUCUCCACCUUCCUCCGCGGCUUACUUCUACCUCAAAUCCGGACACUGGAGCGGCAACACCCCUCACCCCUUACCCUCCUUUUCCGCCACCGAACUCCAACAUCUCCCUCCCUACUACAUCAUGCCCCUGCACUCCUCCAUGCGCGAAGUCAUCCAAACCCACAUGCGCCCCAUCCCCCCCAGCUCUCUCACCCAGCUAGAAACCUGGCUCCCAGACUCCGAUCUCGCCGUCUACGCCUCCGAAUAUGCACGCACCUGA